AAGCUGCAGAUGUUCAUCAUGGAAGUUGAGAAUCAUCGAGUUUCAUCAUUCCAGCGGUAGUAUCUGUUUAAACCUCGACAGCCCCAAACAGAGAAGUCAGAGUGGGAAAAAAAUGAGACGGGCUUGUCUGAGCACCAGAAGCUGUAACUCGCUGUUGAAGCAUACCGAUAAGUUCGACUUUCAGAGAUUUCAGCACUCUGGUUACCAAUCCUUACCGGAUGUUCAUCAUGCCAAGUCAGUCAAGGACGGUUCAUUGCAGCAAUUGAAAGUGGGGAGGUACGUUGUUAAUCUGUACAUGAAAUCUAGAAACUUGGAGUAUGCACACAAGCUGUUCGGUGAAAUGCCUGACAGAGAUGUCCGGUCGUGGACUGUACUUAUCUCUGGGUUUGCUCGGACUGGAGCUUGUAGAAUGGUGCUGGAGCUUUUCAAAGAGAUGCUAGCUGAGCGUGUUUGCCCGAACCAGUUUACUCUAUCUAGUGUGUUAAAGAGUUGUUCGGGUUUAAGUGAUUUUGGGAUGGGGAAGGGAGUUCAUGGAUGGAUAUUGAGAAAUGGGAUUGAGUUGGACGUGGUGUUACAGAAUUCAAUGCUUGAUGUUUAUGUCAAAUGUGGAGCAUUGGAUCAUGCAGAAAGGUUGUUUGCGACUAUGAAAGAGAGAAAUACAGUUACUUGGAAUAUAAUGAUGGGUGCAUAUAUGCAUAUUGGGGACAUGGAGAAGGCUCUUGAGUUGUUCAAAAGGUUGCCCUCCAAAGAUGGUGCUAGUUGGAACACAAUCAUGUACGGGUUAAUGCAAAAUGGGGAUGAAAGAUGUGCAUUGCAGCUACUUUAUGAGAUGGUGGGAAAUGGUGUUCCAUUUCAGAAUGUCACUUUCUCUGUAGCUCUGGGUUUGGCUUCAUCUUUAUAUGCUGCGGAACUUGGGAGACAAAUUCAUGGCUCUCUUGUGACGCUUGGCAUUGAAAAUGAUGGAUAUCUUCGAACUUCCUUGAUUGACAUGUACUGCAAAUGUGGGAGAAUGGACAAGGCAUCACUUAUAUUCCGAAAGAUGCCUCUCGGAGCGAAGUCUAAGUUUACAAGUGACGAGGUUAAGACUGAAAUCAUAUUAUGGAGUACAAUGGUUUCCGGGUAUGUUCGUAAUGGUGAGCAUGAGUGUGCUUUGAUAACUUUCCGUUCUAUGCUUCGUGAACAAAUUAUGGUGGAUCAAUUCUCUGUGACCAGUGUUGUUUCUUCAUGUGCUAACAUUGGGAGUUUGCUUCUGGGUCAAAACAUUCACGCACUUGUUCAGAAAAUUGGGUACAAAUUAGAUGUUCACUUGGCUUCCUGCUAUAUUGAUAUGUAUGCAAAAUGUGGGAGUCUAAGUGAUGCUUGGAUGAUUUUUAAACAAACUUUUCAUCCGGAUGUUGUUUUGUGGACUUCAAUGAUUUCUGCUUGCGCUGUACAUGGGCAAGGAAAGGAGGCUGUACGGUUGUUCGAACUCAUGUUAAGAGAGGGAAUUAAACCGAAUGAGGUUACAUUCGUGGUGGUUCUAAAUGCUUGCAGCCAUGCUGGGCUCAUUAAAGAAGGCUGCAACUACUUCAGCUUGAUGAAAGAAGUUUAUGGCAUUAAGCCCGGAACUGAACAUUUCACCUGUAUGGUUGAUCUUUACGGUCGUGCAGGUCGGUUAGAUGAGAGUAAGCAGUUCAUUCAUGAAAAUGACAUCUCUCACUUGAGUUCAGUUUGGAAGUCAUUUCUAUCUGCCUGCCGGCUUCAUACAAAUUUAGAACUGGGAAACUGGGUUUCCGAAAAGCUACUCCAACUCGAACCAUCUGAUGGACCUUAUGUCUUGAUGUCAAACAUGUGUGCUGCAAAUCACAGAUGGCAAGAAGCAGCUGAAAUGAGGAUUUCGAUGCAAAAGAGAGGGAUUAACAAAGUUCCCGGCCAAUCUUGGAUCCAACUGAAGAAUGAAGUCCACUCCUUCGUCAUGGGAGACCGGAGUCAUCCGCAUUCCACCAAGAUAUAUUCAUACUUGGACGAACUGAUUGCGAAACUGAAAGCAAUCGGGUAUUCAAUGGACACCAAGCUGGUGAUGCAGGACGUAGAAGAAGAACAAGGAGAAGCUAUUCUUGGUCAUCACAGUGAAAAGCUUGCACUUGCCUAUGGCAUCAUUAGCUCGGCUUCUGGGAUACCUAUUCGGAUAAUGAAGAACCUUAGAGUGUGUGGUGAUUGUCACAACUUCAUUAAAUUUACUUCUCAGCUUUUAGAUAGGGAAUUCAUUGUCAGAGAUCUUCAUCGGUUCCAUCAUUUCAAGCAUGGUAGCUGCUCCUGUGGAGAUUAUUGGUAA